UGCAAUAGCCAACGAAGCAAGCAUAUGAUAGCGAAAUAAUUGUUAGAUUUUGAAACCCCAAAACAAAAGCUGUCCAUGGCGAUGUUGUGUAAUUAGGCACUAGAACUAGACUGUUCGAUUCUGAUACCACGACUUUUGAGAGGUAAGCUGAGUUGAACCUUCCCCUAACAAUGGCAACUCCUUCAUCGUCAUCAAAAGGAUGGAUAAGCAAUAUUACAUCAGUUGCAUCUCGGGUUUAUUUCUUCCUAAUCAUUCUCCAGAUCCCGCUCUUCAGGGUUCCAUGCAGAGCUGGUAUGUGUGCAACACCCAUCCAUGUCACUUCUUCUCAGUUGAUUGCAAGUGAUAUCUUUCCCACUCCUGUUGUGAAGGCCCUUCUUUAUCCUGGAGCUGUUGUGCACGGCCUUCUCCAAAACAUGACUGUUCCAAGCUGGGAUAACCUGUUGGACAUUUAUAACUUAACCAGCGUGAAGGAGGCCUCUGCAGUGACUGAUCUCCAGCGCUUAGAGGUUCUUGCAGGAAGCUACUUCUCUGUGGCAGGAGCACUUGUGGGUAUCUUAAAACCUGGAAGGAUGAGUAUGUUUGGGACACUUUUAAUAAUAUGGGGCCUUAUCAAGGAAGGGAUCCUCGGAAAGUCAGCAAGCCCAGAUCCUACCAAAUCUGUCUAUGUCUAUCCAACAAUGUUGAUUGUCGUGCUAUGUGCCUUCUCAUCAAUCAAGUAUGAUAUGAAGAAGUUUGCGAAGAAUGCACCAGCUCGACCCAUUGCAAAACCUGUGCAGAGGUCUUCAAAAUCUAAACUGAAAUGAGUUGAAAUGUAAUACUUCAGAUUGAAUGACUCUAAUUUUUGUGGUUCUUGAGUUCAAACUGUAAACCCGCUGGCAAUUUUCAGGACUUGUGUGCGUUGGAACUGUACUCCUGUCUGAAGUACAACAUUCAAGAAUUUUUCCAAUUUGAUCAUUUUGAAAGAACCAAAAGAAAUGAAAUGGGCGAUGUUAUAUUUAAGUACU